AUGGCGAUGUUCGACCCUCAAGGUCUGCUUUCUCCGUUUACCGUAUUUGGUCGCAUGUUAGUUCAAGACCUGUGGAGAACUGGCUGCGGAUGGGAUGACGAAAUCGACGAGGAGUCAUUUCAGAAGUGGGUUCGCUGGACAAAAGUGCUGCCGAUGAUAGAAGCGAUCCGAAUUCCCCGAAGUUACUUCGGAGACGUCAGAAGGGACCAACUCGAAGAUCUUCAACUGCACGUGGUGUCUGACGCUAGUAAAGGUGCGUACGGGUGUGCGGCCUAUUUCCGAGCUGUGAUUGGUGGAACGAUCCGGUGUGUGUUGGUGACUAGUCGGGUGAAGGUGGCACCAUUAAAGCCAAUAUCCGUUCCUCGACUCGAACUACAAGCGGCAGUAUUGGCAGCUAGGGUGGCCUUUGCGGUGAGAAACGGUCAUUCAUUCAGUAUUAGGCAGCAGUUUUUCUGGACGGACUCAACGACCGUGCUUUCGUGGAUCAGAUCUGAUCAACGCAAUUACAAGGAGUUUGUUGGUCUUCGCAUUGGAGAAAUUCUAACCCGGACAAACCUCUCGGAAUGGCGUUGGGUUCCUACGAAGAUGAACGUCGCAGACCAGCUAACUAAGUGGACGAGAGAUCCUGAAGUAAAUUCUACGAGCAGUUGGUUUACCGGGCCUAGAUUCCUGUAUCUGCCAGAAGCAGAUUGGCCGAAGCAGAGGCUGCCGCGUCCAGAUACCGAGGAAGAAUUGAAAGCACAUCUACAUGUCCAUGACGUACAGCUUCCCGCUUCUGUUAUAGAUGUAAAUCGUAUUUCGAAGUGGACGGUCCUGGUAAGAACGAUGGCUUGCGUGUUUCGGUUUGUAUCAAAUUGCCGGAAAAAGGUGAAGGGGUUGCCGCUAGAAACGCUGAAACCGACAGAAAAGCAGAUGAAGAAGAUUAUUCCGAUUGCCCAUGCGGUGUCACGGACGCCACUGAAACAGGAAGAGUUCCAGCAGGCGGAAAUUUGGCUAAUGCGGAUGGCACAAUCGGAUGAGUUUAGCGACGAACUGAAAAUUCUUAUAAAAAACUCGAAGCUUCCAAUCGAGGCGUGGUUGGAAAUCGAGAAAACCAGUUUCCUCUACAAGAUAACUCCUCUCAUCGAUGAAAACAACCUUCUGCGCAUGGAUGGCCGAGCGGGACCAGCUGAUUUCCUGCCGUUCGAUCUUCGAUUCCCGGUGGUGCUGCCGAAGGACCAUGCCGUCACCUGGAAAAUCGUGCAGCAUUAUCACGAACGGUUCGCCCACGGUUAA